UAAAAUUAUUUCUUGUUCUUGCGAUUCAUCAAUACCCACUUCAGUACUUGUGUUUUGCAAGAGGGAUUUGUUGCUCUUUGGCUUAUCUUCUUCUAUGGCCUUGAUUUUCCCUACUAACGGUGAGCUCAUUUUACUCUAAAUUUGUGUUUUUAUGCUAUUUUUGCUUAUUAUUGAUGUGGGUUUAUUUAUAUUGUAGUAUUUUUUUGGAAAAUGAUAUGUAGAAUCCUAAUAUUUAACUACUAUGGAGUAGAAAAUUAAGACAAAAAUAACACCAAUGGACGUGUGAUUUUGUUGUAAUUUCCCCGUAAUGGAGUGGCGAUACAUGUAUCAAAACCAAUUUUUUUAUUAAUAAAAAUAGUCAUUGAGUUUGGAAUUAUAUCGCUAAUUAAGUAGCUAAUGCUGCAGGAAUUGAUGCUGUAGAGGAAAUGAAAAUGCUUGAAUUUGUUGAUGAUUUAAAUGCCUAUUCUUACUCAUAUCCAAUGAAACUUCCCUCCAGAAAGCUUGCCUUUAAAUGGGUGGAAUCCAGAAAGCCAGAAAGAUAUUCAUCAGCUGCUCCUCUGGCCCCUAAUGCGCGGCUGCGUAUAGUGUCCGAGCGUGUUGACUUUAUCGACAAUGUCAUCAUAUCUGUUACGAUAGGCCCCUCCAAUCCAGAGUUCUUGAAAUCCAAGGAUAAGAGUACAUGGAAUCCGAAAGACGUUGCCGAUUCAGUAUUGUCUGACAAAUCUGCUUUGCGAGUUACAUCAACUCAAAAAUUGGCUGAGAGCUCCAUACUUGAUGCACAAUCAAAUGAAGUACUCAGAAUUUUGGUUGAUGGCGAAAGAUACUUGUUUUAUGAAUACUUGGUCCGCAAAUCACCAACCAAAUCUGCACAGGAGUCAAACAAUUAUAGACAAUAUGUUGCUCCUACAGCUGAGCAUGAUGGUAUGUUUCUGGCAUAUUGGUAGAGACCAGCCAUGGUUGGCCGGAAUCUUACCAACCAGUCCUUCCGAAACGUCACGAUAGUGGGUUCUCAAUCAACACAAUACUAAUAGUUCAAGCUCGAAGAAUUCAGAUUGACUAAUUUGUAAUUAAUACAAACUAGAAUUAUAACUGAGAAUGAUAGGAUUAUAAUUAAAAUAAUAGCUUGAGGCUAUCAAUCUCACAAGUAGCUUGAGGCUACAACUCUCCAAUGUGUUUACACUCCAAUUUCUGAAUGAAUCCUACAGGGCACAAGCCUUUCAUUAUAUUACAAAUUUGAUUUCCUCAAAUGCUAAAAAUAGAUAAUACAAAAGUAAGGAAACAAGAGUCUAAAGUCCUAUUUCCUCAACGGUGAAACAUCUGCUUUACUUUGUUGCCUUGCUCAAAAAUAGUUUCUUCCCAAAAGUAGUCUCCCCUUCUUGCAUGUUUGUUGUUUACUGCCUUGUGUCCCUGCUGCCUGAGUAUUUGCUGUUGCCUGCGUCUUCUUGCUGAUCAGUGUGCUGUUGCUGUUGUUGUUGCCUCAUGUCUUGUUGCUGCCCCAUGGUUUGUUGUCUUGGACGCCGAGUAUGCACCUGAAACCGUCGACCCGUCUGUUUUUUAUACACUCUGAACGCUUCAACUUUGAGCAAGCAGUGGGAAACUAUGGGACCUAUCUUGAAGAGAACGGCCAGCUCCUUUCGGCUUCUCCCCCCAACCGAAAAUUAUGGCCCUCCAUACAAGGAUCCGUGGAGGUUUUGGUGAUCUUUUUUCCAUCAACCAUCGGUUGUUCACUUGUUCUUGUCCCCUUCUCAGAGCAAUGUAAAUGUUUUUUCAUGCACAGCAGCCAGUGAGUCUGCAUGGCUCUUCUCUGAGAGAGAGCUGAAAUAUUACAAUGUAGGGCUUAUAUGUUGCUAUAUGUAGCUUGGAGAUAACUGAUUUUGUUGUUAUAUUGAAAGAAUUUUCAAAUAAGCACUUGUACAUUUUAUUCAUAGCAUUUCAGAGCAAGGUUCCUACUCGACAGAAAGACUUUAGAUUUCAGGUUGAUUGUCUUGAGGCAUAAUGUAUGAAUAAUACUUCAAAGCUGAGUUCGGGUUUAGAUCUCAACUCAACUCUCUCCGUAGUCAAUGAGCACGACCAACACUUAUUCUAUGAGUUGGUCUUGGUAGUAUUGGCUUA